AUGGCCGAGCAGCUUAUUCUCAAGGGCACCCUCGAGGGCCACAAUGGUUGGGUUACCAGCCUGGCUACCUCCAUGGAGAACCCCAACAUGCUCCUGUCCGCCAGCCGCGACAAGACGCUGAUCAUCUGGAACCUGACCCGCGACGAGACGCAAUAUGGCUACCCUAAGCGUUCCCUGCGCGGCCACUCUCACAUCGUUUCGGACUGUGUCAUCUCGUCUGACGGUGCUUACGCCUUGUCUGCCUCUUGGGACAAGACUCUGCGUCUCUGGGAGCUUGCCUCCGGCACCACCACCCGCCGCUUUGUCGGCCACACCAACGACGUUCUGUCUGUCUCCUUCUCGGCCGACAACCGCCAGAUCGUCUCCGGUUCCCGUGACCGCACCAUCAAGCUGUGGAACACCCUUGGAGACUGCAAGUACACCAUUGCCGACAAGGGCCACACAGAGUGGGUUUCCUGCGUCCGUUUCAGUCCUAACCCCCAGAACCCUGUCAUCGUCUCCAGCGGUUGGGACAAGUUGGUCAAGGUUUGGGAGCUCUCUAGCUGCAAGCUCCAGACUGACCACAUUGGCCACACUGGCUACAUCAACACUGUCACCAUCUCUCCCGAUGGUUCUCUGUGCGCCUCCGGUGGCAAGGAUGGAACCACCAUGCUGUGGGACCUUAACGAGUCCAAGCACUUGUACUCCCUGAACGCCAACGACGAGAUUCACGCUCUUGUCUUUUCCCCCAACCGCUACUGGCUCUGCGCUGCUACGUCCAGCAGCAUCAUUAUCUUUGACCUCGAGAAGAAGAGCAAGGUCGACGAGCUCAAGCCCGAGCCCACUGCUGUCGGCCGCAAGUCCCGCGAGCCCGAGUGUGUCAGCCUGGCCUGGUCCGCCGACGGCCAGACCCUGUUCGCUGGCUACACUGACAACCUCAUCCGUGCUUGGGGUGUUAUGUCGCGUGCUUAA